AUCAUAAAAUAUUCCGCAGCAUCCCACCGACUGUCUGUGAGCAAGUUGUCAUGAGUUCCAAGGAGUAACCUUUUGUUUUGGGUUGUCCGACUUGCUUUUUUGAAACACCAUGAAGAGGAAUUAUUAAUUGCGUGGUAGUGGUCUGUCACCGUAAAAAAAAAAAUUUAAAAAACGGUUUCUCAGCACUAGUGCUAAGAAACAUAUUUCUUUGUAUUUAUUUUUUUAAAUCACAAAAGAUGUGGGCCUUUCUGGGAAUAGCCAGCUUCACAUACCUUUACAAAAAAUCCAACACAGUCUUGACUUACGCUCACAAAGAGCUUCUAAUGGCCGCAGCCUUAUUUCUGACAGUCGGCCUGCUGCUGUCGUACGUCAGAUAUUUUCAUAGUCUCAGAGUCUCUCAGGUAUUACAUUUGCCCCUGAGCCUCUUGUCCUUCGUACCUGUUAUCAACAAUUUCAUCCCCCAAACCUCAACACAGAGGAGCCAGGAGACGGAGAACAGCUGUAAAAAGAGCCGGAGAACAAGGAACAGAGUAGAUACAGAGUCCUCCGCCUCACCGAGGGCCUCGGCCGCUGGCUCUUCGGUGGCCCCGGAGCCAGAUGUGGUGAUAGUUGGGGCGGGGGUCCUGGGCUCUGCCUUGGCGGCCGUCCUAGCCCGGGACGGGAGGAGGGUGACGGUGGUGGAGAGGGACCUGAAAGAGCCUGACCGGAUAGUGGGGGAGCUGCUGCAGCCUGGAGGAUUCAGGGCGCUCAAAGAGCUUGGACUGGAAGGUUCAGUGGAGGGUCUGGAUGCCCACGUGGUGAGCGGCUAUGUGAUCCACGACAUGGAGAGCAGGACAGAGGUAGAGAUCCCCUACCCGCAGGGGGAGGACCGAACCAAGUGUGGACGCGCUUUCCAUCACGGUCGAUUCAUCAUGGGCCUGAGGAGAACUGCCCUGGCUCAGCCAAAUGUCACAUUCAUAGAAGGCACCGUGACCAGUUUGCAGGAAGAGGACGGCUGUAUAACCGGGGUGCAGUACAAGGAUAAAGAAACUGGGGACAUCAAGGAAAUCCAUGCGCCGCUGACUGUUGUGGCUGACGGCUGUUUCUCUAAGUUCAGAAAGAGUCUGGUUUCUGGUAAAGCUCACACCUCCUCUCACUUUGUUGGAUGCCUCAUGAAGGACUGUCCGCAGUUUAAAGCCAACCAUGCUGAGCUGGUGCUGGCCAACCCUAACCCGGUGCUCAUCUACCAGAUCUCCUCCUCGGACACCAGAGUACUCGUGGACAUCAGGGGGGAGAUGCCUCGCAACCUCUCAGAGUACAUGGCUGAGAAGAUUUACCCUCAGCUGCCAGAGCAUUUAAAGGAGCCUUUCAUGGGGGCACUACAGAACGAUCGACUCAGGUCCAUGCCUGCCAGCUUCCUCCCUCCCUCCCCUGUCAACAAGCCAGGCGUGCUUCUCCUGGGUGAUGCUUACAACAUGAGGCAUCCUCUGACGGGAGGAGGGAUGAGUGUUGCUCUCAACGAUGUUCGCAUCUGGAGGAGUCUGCUCGAAAACAUCCCGGAUCUAUACGACAACAGGGCUAUGCUGCAGGCAAAGAAAAAAUUCCACUGGCAACGCAAGUCAUCACAUUCUUUCGUGGUGAAUGUGUUGGCCCAAGCCCUGUAUGAGCUGUUUGCAGCCACAGACAAUUCUCUUCAUGAGCUGAGAAAAGCCUGCUUCCAGUACUUCCAGCUUGGUGGAGAGUGCAUCGCUGGGCCUAUUGGACUCCUCUCAGUGUUGACCCCCAAACCCAUGACCCUCAUCGGACACUUCUUCGCCGUGGCACUGUACGCGAUUUACAUCACCUUCAAGUCCGAGUCUUGGUGCACCAAACCUCGAGCUUUGUUCAAGAGCGGAGCCAUCCUGUACCGAGCCUGCACCGUCAUGUUUCCACUCAUCUACUCCGAGCUCAAGUACCUGGUGUACUGAAGGCGUCUCUACACCUGGACACAGCGGUGUGUGGUCUUCACGGUCACGCCGUAAUUGGAAGCACAACAAAGCUCGAAAUGUUGGUAUAAGUCGUCUGCCCUCCCUGCUGAAAAAAAGCACUGUUGCCGUAUCAAGCCAUUUGACUGUUGAGGAUUUCCCACAAUGUGCCCAUGCCUGACUGAAGAUGGCGUCGUCUUAAUGCCCUACUUAAUGCCUUCUUUCAAUUGGGACAUAUUAUUCAACAAUGCCUUGGUGUAGCCCAGUUCUUCGUGGACGUUUAAUACUGUGGAAAUUACUCCUGCUCAACAGAACCGCUAUGUGGAACAUGGCAUCUGAAUUUUAUAAUUAUUAUUUUUGCAAUGGAGUCACUGCUGUAUAUUUUCCUGCUGAGCUAAUCUUUGCUGUAUUUAAUACGGGAAUCCUCUUGUAAUGAUGAUAUAUUGCAUUACAAGAAUGCAUAACUUUUUUUUAAUCUAGAAUCACAGAUGGGAUGUUAUGAAAAAGAAAGCUGUCUGAAUGUUGCAUUUCAUAAAAUAAUCCAGGAUAUUUUCA